GGCACACCCACGAAGUUGCAAGCAAAUUUCACCAAAGGUCACAAAAAACCCGCCACUAAUCACGCAACAUGCCCCCAAAAUCAAAUGAAACCCCCUAACUAAACCUCACACUAUAACACCAUCAACAUUACUCACUUCACGUUCUUCUCCCAUCCACACACACACACACUCCUUCCUUUCAUACGUGACACCCACACCUCUCUCCAACCUAUAAUAACCCAUUCCAAUCCCAAAGCAACACAGAGCCAUGGAUGAGAACGGUGAAGCGAGCGAAGAGUACCUCUUCAAGAUAGUGCUGAUUGGGGACUCAGCAGUCGGGAAAUCGAACCUGCUGUCACGGUUCGCGCGGAACGAGUUCGAUAGCAACUCGAAGGCAACGAUUGGGGUUGAGUUUCAAACGCAGGUUGUGGACAUCGAUGGCAAGGAAGUUAAGGCUCAGAUCUGGGACACUGCUGGCCAAGAACGUUUUCGAGCUGUUACUUCUGCGUAUUAUAGAGGCGCUGUUGGUGCACUCGUCGUUUACGAUAUUAGUCGGAGAUGCACCUUUGAUAGCAUCAAGAGGUGGCUUGAUGAACUCACUACUCAAAAUGAUAGCACCAUAGCAAGAAUGUUAGUGGGAAAUAAGUGUGACUUGGAGAAUAUUAGAGAGGUGAGCACAGAAGAGGGCAAAAGUCUCGCAGAAGCAGAAGGUUUGUUCUUUAUGGAGACAUCUGCACUGGAUUCUACCAAUGUCCAAACAGCUUUUGAGAUUGUUAUCCGAGAGAUUUACAACAAUAUCAGCCGUAAAGUCUUAAACUCUGAUUCUUAUAAGGCUGAGUUGUCUGUAAAUCGAGUAAGCCUGGUUAAUGGUGCAGGAUCAAAGCAAAGUCAGCUCAGUCUUUCUUGUUGUUCUCGAUAAGCUUUUUACCUUGACUUGGAUUGGAUACUUCUUUGGAUCUGUCAAGAAUAGAUUUUUCUUCUUUUUCCAACGUUAUAAUGGCUACUGUUUUUUUUCUUGCCUUUAUUUUUGUGUUUUCUUUUUCAUUUUGUCCUCCAAUUUCAAGUUCUUGGGACCCUUAUCCCACUCUGCCUGGAAGAAAAAAGGAAAGGCAAUUGCUUUACUUUUCUAUGAAUAUUUUUAGUAGUAUGUUCAAAUAUCACGCAUUUGGCGCUUCUGAUAGGUAGGCGUUCUGUGCUUAAAUAUAUUCCUUAUUUGUUGAAUACUGCAACACUUUGAUGACAGGAUUUUUGGAUUUUUUGGUUUACAAAAUUCAUAAGGACAUGCCAACUUAAAUAGGAUGGCAAAGAUAUUUG